ACAUCUCGAACCAAUUUUCGAGCAUCAUCGCUAUCGAUCGACGCCCAGCGACAGGCAGGCAAGAUGAUGCGCCAAAGUAUUAGACCCUUGCGGGCUUUCUCGUCCGAGGUGUCAUGGAUUGCCCGCCGAACACAGGCCUCACUGGCCAAACCAGAAGAUCUGGUCCCAAAUAGAGUGGAGGAGUCUCAAACAGAAAAGGCUCCUGAACGCCGAUAUCCUCGCUCCCUCCAAGCCCUACACCUCAAGCCUCUAAAGCGCGAGGCCGAGCACGGCAUCCCCUCGUGCGACCUCCAGCUCCGAUCAUACAGCGUCCAACCCCUCGAAUUCUUCUCCGACUUUGCCCUCCGCGCCGCCUACUACCUCGGCCUGCCCGCCUACGGCCCCGUGCCUCUCCCCCGCAUCACAGAGCGCUGGACCGUCCCCCGAGACAACUUCAUCUUCAAGAAGUCGCAAGAGAACUUUGAGCGAAAGACACUGCGACGACUUAUCCAGAUCCGCGACGGUAACCCCGAGACGGUGCAGCUGUGGCUCGCAUACCUGCGCAAGCACCAGCUCUACGGCGUAGGAAUGAAGGCCAACAUGUGGGAGUUUAGCGAGCUGAGCGUUGGGAAGAAGAUGGAUGCACUGCCGGAGGCGGAGAAGGGUGAGAUUGAUGCCAAGUGGUCGCAUCUUGGUCAAACAAAGACGAUUGGCACGGUGGAAAAGGUUGAGGAGUUGCUUAACCAGCGGAGGUUCCGUGAGGCUGCUGGCCUGAGGGCUCCUCCUACGACGAGCGUGUAAGAGUGAGUUGAAGACACAGAGAAUGAGUUUGAAGUUCUUGUCCUGUGGUCCUGAGAAGUGGCUGGCCUGUUUGGCAUAGACAGGAGGCGGACUUUAUGUGUACAAUAGCCCAUAGAAGGCUCCAAUUUUGUAAAAUAAACGUUCUGGAAUGACAAAGGUAAUCUUUUACGGCCGGAAGGAGUGAAGGCUUUAUCAAAUUUGUUGUUCCUCUUUUCCAUGGGAUGGUCAUUCUGGUGCUUCCAGAAAUCAGACUUGGUGAUAUACUUGCUGG